CUUGAAGAAACUUUCAAAGUUAUUGAAAUGUUCCAUAUUGACUGACCUUCAUGUUUUAAAGUAAUGAUGGACUGUUGAUGGACUAUCUGGUCUAAAAUGUAAAUGAAAUGUAUGACACAAGAAAAUAUUAUAUAUAACAAGCCUACAUCUAUUUGCAACAAUUCAGCAAGUAGUAUCAUACAGGUACAGUAAACUUAUAGGAUACUUUCCUCUUGUCCCAAAUCAGCUUUUUAGAGCGCACUUUAUUCCCUUGCUGAUGAUUGAACACUCGAGGGCAUUCUGACGCCUUUUAGCACGUGACUUAAAAUAAAUAUUGAAAAGAAGCGGCAAGUGCAGUUUCAACAAGUGAAACUGUUUGUCUCGCUUACGCCCGGUCUCACUUGUACAUACCUUGGAUCUUGCUAUCUGAAAUAAAACUUUCGAGGAGGACUUGUUUUGACGUUUUGUAUUUAAGUAAUCUAUCAAUGCAUUGUUAUCGCAUCUGCGAUGUCUGACAGCGAUAUUUCUGGCAGCUUUCUACACAGCAAGAAUCAAAACAUGUUAUUACUUGAAAGAUGUGAGCUGCAGAGCUCUGGUGAUGAUGGUGAUGAAGACAAGAGACUAAAAAGAAGGGAAAAGAACAGGGUGGCAGCGAAGAACAGCCGAAAAAAACAGACACAAAGAGCGGAUGAGCUGCAUGAGGCAUAUGAGUGUCUGGAGCAGAAGAACAGACAGCUGAAGAAGGAUGUGCAGUUUCUGUCUGAGGAGCAGAGGCGUCUAAUGGAGGCCCUCAAGGCCCAUGAGCCUCUCUGUCCCAUCAUGCACUGUGUUGCCAACCUGGGGUCAGGGACGUUGGGACCCAGGGAUGUAGGGGUCCCCUCCUGUCUGCCCAGAUAGCCAACAUACCAUGCACGGACCACAGAGACAAACCAACUUGGGAGACUUGUGAACAGAGUUAACAGGUCAGAUUAUAUGCCCUCAUCUGUCCUUUUUAUUCUCGGCGUCAAUUGUUUUUGUACAGUUUGAAUUAAGUUGUAAUUUAAUAAUUAUAGGCUUAGGUAAUGAGCUUUGUUUCAGAUGUUCAAAUUGCUUUUCCUGUUUAAAUGUUUCGUAUAAUACAUUGAACAUAAAUUGCAUAUCCCUUUCCCAUGAGACCAUUUCCCUUUGCUUCUGAUAAAUGUGGUUACCACACCUCUUAUCACGUGUGUUUUGGUUAACCAAACUGGUUUACCAGUACCUGGGCUUGACCAUGUGGGAACUUACUUAUACUUUACCAGAAAAAAGAAACCAUUAAAAUGUUUUUGGUUUCUGGUUUCUUAGUCCCUAAUCUAAAACAUUUAAUACACUGGCUAUUACCAAUGGAUUCAUGCAAUUCAACACUUAAUUUAUCAAAUGAAAGAACCAAAUCACUUAAUCCAACUAUCAUAUGUACAGUAUUAUUAUUAUUGUUUGUUAGCUCAUGUUAUGACAUUGUUAUAGAGUGUACCCUCUCUUCCCUAUAAUGUGGGUAAAUACUAACCUCAUUACGUCUUCUUCUCAUAACUUAAAAAAAUGAAAUACGUUUGAAGCAUGCCAUUAUCAUUCACUAACUCAAUAAAAGGGGUAACAUUUUGGGAAUUCUUGUCACCAUCAAUGAUCUACAACAUGUAUGGUCUAUCUUGAUGACAUGACUGCAAGCUUCUCUAAAAUGUUAUUAUGAAUGGAUGGAUACAUUCUCACAGUAGUAAUUGGCAAGGCUUCUUCUACUAAAUGCAGGCUGACCACUGAGAAAUGUGAAAGACUCUUCAGCCACACAGACAGUUUAUUUCAUACCAAAGGAUUUAUAGACUUCUGCAUACUGCAUUUGAGGGGGAUUGUGGUGAUUAUAAUAAAGCCUUUUCUGUGGAUCGCUU